AUGGCUAAUGGGAAGACUGGAUCAACUAAGGAUAUCUAUGUAGGGUGUGAAAUAACUCUAAGCAAGCAUACAUUCGAAAUAAACUUAAUGCCUGUAAAUAUUAGGAGUUUUUGUGUGUUCAUCGGCAUUGAUUGGUUAAGCCCCCAUCAUGCCGAUAUUAAGUGCCACGAGAAGGCUGUUUGCCUUCAUCUUCCUAACCACGAAACCCUAAUAAUCUGCAGAGAUAAACCCGACGCAAACCUUCGCCUUAUCCCGAGAAUCAGGGCUCAAAAGUGCUCACAAAUGAAGAACGACACAUUCUUUUCUCACGUGGAGGAUAAGACCAAAGAGGAAGCGAGCAUUCAAAACAUUCCAGUGGCAUGUGACUUCCCAGAUGUGUUUUCAGAGGAAUUUCCUGGAAUACCCCCAGAACGACAAAUCGAAUUCCGAAUCUACCUAGUUCCUGGAGCCACUCCAAUCACCAAAUCACCCUAUAGGUUGGCUCCUACUGUAAUGCAAUAA